ACUUUUAGAUCCCUAAAUGAAUGGAAGUAUGGAAGUGAAAUAAGUUUUAUGGUCUAAAAGAUACUAAGAUACUUUUAUGGUCUAGAAGUACUGCUUUAAUGCAAAUAGAAAACCAUGUAAAUAAGUUCAAAGUGCAGUAGAAGAUUAAAUUGUAAAAUAUGAACAAGUGAAUGAAUGAAAUAAACGAUAUUGUCUUGUGCCUGUGCAAAGUGUAUGAAAAAAAUAUCCUGGCUAUAAUGACGGGGCCGAAAGUCUGGGUGAACUUGCAGUGAAACCUCGGGAAAAAAUUCUGUGCGUUUAAAUAUACGAGAAAAUGGAUUCUUCUACAAAGAACAAGGAUACCACUUGCAACACUUCGGCGACGGCGUCGGUUAUUGCCAGCAUUUGCAGCAGCGACAGCUUUACAAUUUUUCCAUCGCACCAUCACGAUUUGACCAGUACCAACAGCAUAGAGCUGAAUGCGGCUGCAUCGUUAAGUGAUGACUCUGGUGUUCCGCUAACCACAAACAGUUCAAUAUCGAGUGGUGAUUCAUAUCGUUUGGGUCUGUGCAAGUUUGAUAUUGAGAUUGUGGAAAGCGAUGGUGAAGUCUCUCAGUUUGAUUCUUUGGAUAAUUGCUCGGAAGGGGGAAUGAGCGCCGAAAACUUUAAUACUUUGAAAAAAGGACCAUUGGCGCCCAUAGAUCCCCCACCAGAGUUUCAAGAUUCUCCCCAAACAACACUGGUGCGGUCCAUGACGAAAAAUCCCAUGUCAAGUUUAAGGCGCUGGACAUCAUCUCAAUCCUCCUUUGAGCAUCUUAAAGAUCAUGGCAGCAUAGAGCAACCAACCAACUUAAGUGAAAUCACCAUUGGCAACAUGAACACCUGUGGCGGCGAAACAGAUACCAUUUCUGGCAAUUAUAUGGGCGGUGAGGAUAUGUCUGGCAAGGAGCUGUAUACAAUUAGCAAACACUUGUACUCAAGUGACUCCAUGCUUCACUCACACAUGGAUAACAUUUAUGAUGAGCCGAAUAAUAUUUUAAGCUCCUCGUUGGGCAACAGUGUUGAUGUUUUAGAAUCUGAUUCUACAUCGCAAAUAAUUCCUCCGCCUCCGCCGCCAGUGUCUAUUGUGAAAAUAAAAAAGACCUUGUGCCCUUACUUUCAAGACCACACCAGAUAUUUUAAGGCCAUACCAUCGGAGCAGGACAACAUUACGUCGGCAGUGCAGCGAUUUAAUGUGUCUGGCCUCUCAGACAUACAUGAUUACGAUUUGUACUAUGGUAUUAAACGAAAUGCAUAUCAGCAGUUCGAUAACAGUUCACAACGAAAGAUAAUUUAUAGCCCCUUAAGCAAUUCGCAUUAUUGCCACAAUCAUAUCUAUCAUGGAGGGACGUGUAGUAAUAGACCCAACUCCAGAAACUCAUUGAACAGUCGACUGUCAAGUUCUCACAACUCGUUGAGUGUGUCUUCGGCCAACAAGCCAGACGAUUCGAUAUUUAUUACGCAGGCUAUGUCCCACGAUGCACUGCUGACGCGAGAAAUCUCAGAUUUUUAUAACGUCCCCAUCGACUCAGACAUCUACGCCUUGCCGGUGGAUAUGGUCAAAUCGGACAAGGGACGUUGUUCGCAAUAUAUGCAGCGUCAUAGUGCCAAUGCCAGCAACAAGGAGUCUGCAAAUAGAGAUGCCAAAGAUGUAGAUAUAGCAAGUAGUUGUAGUAAGCACGCCUCCAUAAAAUGCCACCACCAGACGAAAGUGAAUCGUAAAAAUAAAACUAAGCGCAAGAAGCGAUCAAGCUCCUCCAACUGCCCCGAUAACGACGAAAAUAGUGAUCGGGCCCCCAGUCACAUAUCGUCGAGUACAUCCUCCAAGUAUACAUCAACUUUUGUAUCCAACUCAAGCAUACAAGAAGACGGCAUAGUUAAUACAGUGGAGCCGUUGCACAUGUCCCUGGAAGAAGUGAAGUCGUUCUAUCACACUCUAUACUCCGAAACGAAGGACAGCAACACCGAAGGUGUGUCAGCAACUGUAGCUGGUGGCACCUCCACUGCAAUGCAGCAUUCCAAAUCGGCAAUUACUAACUCAACAUCGAAAUCUUUGAAUGAUGCCUUGUGGAGCGGGUCCCGCAGUAGCAACUCAACUCAAAACCGCUUGGAAAAAUGUGUAGGCCCAACGGCAAAAAAUCGCAAAAACUUCUCAUCAGACUCGGAAGCUCAUACGAAUAACAACAAUAACAUAAUGCUUGCCAAAAACAACCAAAACAAUCACAAACAAAAUGCUUCUCAACAGACAAUUGGCGGCAAUUUGAAUAAUGAAAAAGAGAAGCCGUCAGAAGUUCCACAAACUGUAAUUAAGACUAACAUGAUAUCUUCCAACGAAAAGAAAUCUCAGUUUACAUUGAAUUUGAAGCAGCGAUUUUGUAGUAUUUUUCGUUUUCGAAAAAAUCACGGCAGAUACAACAACCGGCAUGACACCAAUGACAAUGAAGAGAAUUUUACAAGCAACGAAAAAACAACAACAACCACAAAGUCCAAUGAAGAUAAGCGUAAAAAAUUCCAAUCAAGAGCUCUUCCGCCUCUACCAAAAAAAGAAUCUGGAGAAAAGGUCGUUAAAAGCACUGAUGAGAAUACAGUCAAGAAAGAGGAGAAAAAGUUUGAAGUUAGGCCAUUUCAUUUCACAUCCAGCAUUGAGAAAGUUAAAGAUUAUGGUUGGUAUUGGGGACCAUUAUCAAGCGAAGCCGCCGAAAAAGUCUUGUCUAACGAGCCUGAUGGAAGUUUCAUUGUUCGUGAUAGCUCUGACGAUCAUUACAUAUUUUCACUAAGUUUCAAAUUAAAUAAUUGUGUGCGCCAUGUUCGUAUUGAACAGGAUCAAGGAACAUUUUCAUUUGGAUCGUAUGCUAAAUUCAAAUCGCAAACAAUCACAGAAUUCAUAGAAAAGGCUGUGGAGCAUUCACGAAGCGGCAGAUAUUUAUUCUUUUUACAUCGAAGACCAGAACAUGGUCCCAUGCGUGUGCAAUUGACAAAUCCAGUUUCUAGGUUUAAGCACGUUCAAAGUUUGCAACAUAUGUGCAGAUUUGUUAUAUUAAAAGCUGUAAUAAGGAAGGACUUAAUACAAACAUUACCAUUACCGAGAAGACUUUUAGACUACCUGAAUUACAAACAUUGUUAUUCAGAACAAAUUGAAAGUGAUAGUUCCAAUUCUCAGAUUUCGGGAGAAGGAUCUUUGUAGAUUUGUUCCACUUUGUUGUUCUUUUCUUUUUGAUUAUUAAUUAUUAACUAUAUGCUAGCUAGUAUUACAGUGAGUAAAAUAGUAAUAAUUAUAAUAUUGAAAGUAAUAAUAAUAAUAAUAAAAAAAUUAUAAUAAAAUAACAUAAGUAUUAAAUUGUCGUCUUAACAAUUAAAAUUAUGAUUUCUUUCAUUAUUGCUGCUCACAAAGUAUUGUCUCGGUGCUAUAACAUAAGAUAUGUACAAGUAAAAUUAAUAAUUAACAUAGUUAUGUAGAACUUGCAGGAUAAUGACUGACUUGAAACAUAAAAACAAAAACAAAAAAAAAAAAAAAACGAAACGAGAAAACCAACAAACAAAAAAUAUAACGAGAAAACAAAUCUAUAUUUGAAUACCAAUACUUUUACGAAGCGAAACCCCUUUUAGAUGAAUACAAAAACAAAAACCAAUCUCUAGGCAUACAUAUACUUUAUAUAUAAAUAUUUAAUACCAUAACCAUGUAUUGUACAUACUCUAUACAUAGAUAUCAUCUACUGCAAAUAGUUUGCAGUGCAGUGAAAUAAAUUCAAAUUUAACAAAUAAAAUUUGUUAUAAAAUAAUAUACAUA